GGCCGCCGCGCCCGACACUGCCCGGGGCUCGCCCUGCUCCUUGUCCUGAGCCCGAUCCUGAGCCCGAGCCCGCUCCCGGCCUCGCCAAAGUUUUUCUUUUUCCCUUUCCUCGUUUCGGAGUUUUUUUGGUUUUCUUGCUUUUUGUAAUUUUUUUGUUUUUUAGCGUUUUUGCGCUGAGGAGAAGUAAUAAAAAGUUUUUUUGCGAGCCUCCUCUCCGCAGCCGGUGGAGACUUUGUUUCUCCGAGUUUUUUUUUGCUUUUUUUAACCCAUCCCUGCCCCUUAGCGCCUAACUUUUUAAUUUUUUUUUUUUUGUUAAUUUUUUUUCGCCCCCUUGUUCCCCCUCGGCCACUUUCUCGCAUGAAUCUCCUCGACCCUUUCAUGAAAAUGACAGAAGAACAGGACAAAUGUAUCUCCGACGCCCCCAGCCCCACCAUGUCGGAUGACUCCGCCGGCUCCCCCUGCCCCUCUGGAUCCGGCUCGGACACGGAGAACACCAGACCCCAAGAGAACACCUUCCCCAAGGGCGACCCGGACCUGAAGAAGGAGAACGACGAGGACAAGUUCCCGGUGUGCAUCCGGGAGGCGGUGAGCCAGGUGCUCAAGGGCUACGACUGGACCCUGGUGCCGAUGCCGGUGCGGGUGAACGGCUCCAGCAAGAACAAACCGCACGUCAAGAGACCCAUGAACGCCUUCAUGGUGUGGGCGCAGGCGGCCCGCAGGAAGCUGGCGGAUCAAUACCCGCAUCUGCACAACGCCGAGCUCAGCAAGACCCUGGGCAAGCUCUGGAGGCUGCUGAACGAGAGCGAGAAGCGCCCGUUCGUGGAGGAGGCCGAGCGGCUGCGGGUGCAGCACAAGAAGGACCACCCCGACUACAAGUACCAGCCCCGGCGGAGGAAAUCGGUGAAGAACGGGCAGGCGGAGCAGGAGGAGGGCGCGGAGCAGACCCACAUCUCCCCCAACGCCAUCUUCAAGGCGCUGCAGGCGGACUCGCCCCAAUCCUCCUCCAGCAUCAGCGAGGUGCACUCGCCCGGGGAGCACUCGGGCCAGUCCCAGGGGCCCCCCACGCCCCCCACCACCCCCAAGACGGACGCCCAGCCGGGCAAGCAGGACCUGAAGCGCGAGGGCCGCGCGCUGGGCGAGGGCGGCCGGCAGCCGCCGCACAUCGACUUCCGCGAUGUGGACAUCGGCGAGCUCAGCAGCGACGUCAUCUCCAACAUCGAGACCUUCGACGUCAACGAGUUUGACCAGUACCUGCCCCCCAACGGGCACCCCGGCCAGGUCACCUACACGGGCACCUACGGCAUCAGCGGCGCUGCCGGGGUCUGGAUGUCCAAGCAGCAGCAGCAGCAGCAGCCGCCAGCGGCGCAGCUGCCGGCUCUGAGUGCCGAGCAGGGCCCCCAACAGCAGCAGCAGCAACAGCAGCAGCAGCAGCAAAGGACCCACAUCAAGACAGAGCAGCUGAGCCCCAGCCACUACAGCGAGCAGCAGCAGCACUCCCCGCAGCAGCAGCAGCAGCAGCAGCAGCUGAGCUACAGCUCCUUCAACCUGCAGCACUACAGCUCGUCCUACCCCAGCAUCAGCCGCGCGCAGUACGAGUACGGCGAGCACCAGGGCUCCUCCUCGGGCUCCUACUACAGCCACGCCGGGCAGGGAGGGGGCAUCUACUCCACCUUCAGCUACAUGAGCCCCACGCAGCGCCCCAUGUACACCCCGAUCGCCGACAGCGCGGGGGUGCCCUCCAUCCCGCAGACGCACAGCCCGCAGCACUGGGAGCAGCCCGUGUACACGCAGCUCACCCGGCCCUGAGCCACGGGGAGACGGCGCCGGAAAAGGCGAAAAAAAAAGAAAAAAAAGCGAGAGGAAAAAUAAAAAUUAAAAAAAAAAAAAAAGAUCAGAACGAGCGAAAGCACCGAGGAGUUGCCUCAGAGUGCGUGAGAUUGAAAUGAUGAUUAAAAAGACGCUCGCGUGGAAGCUGGCGCCUCGAGCCUUCUGCACUACAGCAUCCUCCAGGACCCGCUCCCCAGGCCUGAAAUUUGGGACAGACUUGCCAAGGACUGGACUUGAACUCUGCUUCUUCCAGCGUGGAGAGGAGAUUUCCAUCCAACACGCCCAGCUGGCUCCUUCUCUGGACUUUUGUAAUGAUUUUUUGUUUUUGGUUUUUUUUUUAGCAGUAAUUAAAAGCGAGAUAAAAAAAUAAAAAUUAAAAAAAAAAGGGGGGUAAAAGAGAAAGCUCAGAGUCCUCUGUGAGGAAUAUUCUCUAUUUUAAAUAUUUUUAGUAUGUACUGUGUAUGAUUCGUUACCAAUUGUGAGGGGAUUUAUACCUAUUUUUUAGAGAUUUUUUGGAAAUGCUCUUAUUUUUCCAACAGCUAAAAAAAAAAAAAAAAAAUGACACUUAGUGGAGCAGCCCUAGGGUUUCUUGCAGAGGUAUUUUUGUAUAGAGAAGUGUCUUUUUUUUGCUCUAAAAAUGAAACUAAACCAGCGUGCUCUGCCCUGGGAACCCAGCACUGGGGCAGGGACCAGCAUGGGAGAGGCUUUAUUUUUCUAACUCGUAGCAAAACCAGCCAGGAGGAGAACUUCACUUUAUUUUUUAAUAACCUUGAGCCUUAAAAGAAAAACAAAAAGAGGAAAAAAAAAAAUAAUGACAAAAAAAAAGAAAUAAAUCCACGGAGCAGCCCCAAAGUGCUGCUGGAAGCCUUAAAGCAGCCCCUGAUAAUCACAGGCCCCGGGCUGGGGCUGAGCCCGACCCCUCCGGGCACCCCCUGCCCACCCCAGGGUGCCAAACCCAGCCGGGGGCUCCUCUCUGCCUGGGGGCCCUCACAGAUCCUUUAAAUUAUUUAUUUGGGGAGAAGAGCAGCUUUCAAUCGCCCGUUUUCCUUGGGUUUUGUUGUUUUCAAGUCCUUUCAGAAGCGUCGCAUUAGGUUGGGAGCAUUAUUUGGAAGGUGACCGUGCCUGUUAAAUUAUGGUCUGAAACUGUAA